ACAAGCCCCUUGUGCUGGCCUCUCAAAGCUUGGGGCAGAACCGUUGGUGGUGGCGCAGCGAGAGGACGGCCCAACUGUCAUCUUUCAGACUAAACUCCCCGAUAGAGCUCUAAGCGCCUAAAGUUUCAAAGACACCUUUAAAAUGGACCAUCCCCGCAAGUUUGAACACCAGGACAUCAGCUACCAGAGCCUCGGAAUUGAUGUGUCUUCGGAAAGAGCUAAAGAAGUGAUGCCACCUAUGAUCAAUGUUGAGGGAGGAAAUGAUGGUGGUGACCAAUUUUGGCCUAAAUCUGACUUGGGAAGAGCGACAGGAGAAGACAGUAGUUUUGUGGGUACAGGAGCGCCCGGAGCCAAAAACGAAGGCAAACACAAGGGCUAUGGUGACCAGGACCAGCCAACUCUACCUGCAGAAACCAGGACCCAGCAUUUGCAGGACGAUGCUGACAUAAGCAUGAUCUGUAGAGCCUUCAGCCAGCUGAAACUUGAAGAUCUGGACCACGUGUUCCAAUGCACUCAGUUCCCCAACAUCUUUGUGAGAAACGAAGUUGGAAUGCCCACAAGUGUUGAACCCGAAGCUGAAUCCGUUGGGCACAGUGAACCGGAAGAGGAGCUGCUCAAGCAGUCAUUCUAAAAGGUUGGGAGAGAUAACUCAACAGUCAAGAGGAUCCAGAUUCAAACUCCAGAACGUACAUGAUGGCUCCCAACGACCUUUACCUCCGGUUUCAGAUUUGAUACUCUUCCGGUUUCCCUGUGCAUAUGGUCCAUCCACACAGGCAAGAAAUCCAUAUAUGCAUUUUUGGAUUAAAGCAUACCAACUUAGCAAAUUGAACAAAUUUAGGUUGUGGCCUUGCGAUAAAAGGACAAUUUACCCAAACACAGUAUAUAAGCAAUUAAACACAUAUUUAGCUCUGAUGAAGAUAUCUCAAAAGUCAAAGUACCUGACUGUCCUAUUUUUAGCCUAGAGUAAUAUAGUAUGAAUAGUCCUAAGCCUAGAUUUUAAUUUUUCUAAAAUAGUUAUGUCAUCUUAAGACACUGCCAAAAUAAUUGGCGUGGUUGUUGGUAAAACAUUAACAAAUUGGAAAUUUUUCAAAAAUUGGAACAAAGAACAAUCUAGGAGCUGGUGGCUCAGAGGAUAUAGGUGCUUGCUAUAAAAGCAUAAAACCCUGAGUUCAAUUCCAGAAUAAAAGGAGAGAGAAAACUCCAAGAAAGUUGUCCUCUGACCUUCACAGUAUGCAGUCAGAACACAUACAAUCAUUAAAAAAAAGAAAAAGUUAGGACUAGAGAAAUGGUUUCGUACUUAUGAGCAAGUUAUAUUGCAGAGAACUCUGGUUCAAAGUACUAAUGUCAUGUGGCUCAUGGCCCCUUGCAACUCUCCAGAAAAUCUGAUGCCUUUGAACUCCAAGGGCUUCUACACUGUUGCACACAUAUACGCUCCCACACAUGCGCACAACUAGAAUAAAGGAUAGCAGUAAAAUGAAUGGCUCAACUACAUACCUUGGAGAUAGGGCACAAUUUGAACUCUUUUCCCAGACAUUUCUGGUGCUGUUUUGGGCUUUUUUCCCCCCUCUGUUUUGUUUGAGGCAGGCUUGUUACUGUAGCCCUAGCCUCCAAUGUAUUCACUAUGUUUCCCAGACUGGACUAGGAAUACACAGCAAUCAAUACU